UUAGGUACAUCACACGGCACGCAUUUCUUAUAUAGAAGAAGAAAACGGAGAGAAGUUUUAUUUCAGUUUAUUUCGUUAAUUAACUGAUUUAGAAAUGCCGUUGCCGUCUCACUUCCUCCUCUCUCUCUCCUCUGAUCUCUAACUAAAAGUGAUCACAGAUUCACACAACCACCAUGGAGAAGAUCUCGCCUUCCUCUCUACUUUGCUGCAUCAUCGUCUUUCUCCUGAUCUCGAACUUCCACGAAUCCGUCGAAGCAGGGAAGCGACGGAUCGAGAUCACCGACGAUCUAGACGACGUGGAAGACAACGAAGAAGACGAAUCAUGGAAGCAUUGGGGGAACAAAGCAGCCAUGCCGGAGUUCGAUCCUCCUCCCGAUUUCUCCAACAUGGGAUUCGAUCAGAUCCAAGAGGAGAUGGCUAAACGCACUUUCGCACCCGUCGUCGGUUUCGUCAAGCUCCGGUUAGGCGUUAACCGUACAAAGGAUAUGGUGGUGGAGAUUGCUAUGAAAUGGACCAAGGUUCUGAGAACAGGUGGGUUAGGAGUGAGAUUCAUGGCCGUGGAUCGGAGCACGUUGAUGUUCAAUUUGCAAAACGGCAAGGAAGUAACUGAGCUAAGGGAGUUUGUGCUGAGCCAAGAAGAGGCUUAUGAGGUUAAGAUAGGGAAACAAGAGUUUCGAAGACCUGGUGAUCCUCCACUUGAUGAUGUCGUUGACAAACUUAAAGCUAACCAGAGCAAGGAUGAUGUUAACAAGGAUGAGUUAUGACUUAUGAGAUUGAAAAGUUUUAUCUCUUUUAGCUGAAUCUUAGCUACAAUGUUUGGCUUGUAGAAUACAAUGAAAAGGGAAGCUUGUUUUCUUUUCUUUUUUUCUUUCUGAUGAGUAUGCCCCUCAUUUAAGCUUAUUGCUAAACGUGGAAAGCUCGAUAACCUGAAUUCUUAGGAUGCUCUCUGCCUCUGCUCUUUC